GACCAUUAUAAGUAAAGAGAAUUUCCAGUUUUAUUUCUUCAGACAAGGAAAUUAUAUAGCUUCUUUACUUGGCUCAUUGACUAGUUGUUCUCAGUUUUGGUUCCUUCAUUUUAUAUAUUUCCCUUCUUGAACCAACAUUCAUUUUCCCUUCAAUUUUUUUACCUUCAAGAUGAGUUUCCAAAUUAAUAUGGAUAGCCUUUUCCAAGAUAUUAUCGAGUUCAAAUUUGAUCAUGGCUCAGUGCCAAUGUUUACAAAUCAUGACCUUGUUAAUAUUCCUGAUGGUUCAGCUUCACCGCCAGGCACGAGUUUUCAAGGACAUCGGCUUGAUAAUAUUCCUUUCGCCAAUGAAAUGCUUAAAUACAUAAACCAGAUGCUAAUGGAAGAAGAUCUGCAAGAAAAGUCCUGCAUGUUGCAGGAUUGUUUAGCUCUCCAAGCUGCUGAGGAAUCCUUCUAUGAUGUCCUAGGCCACCAAUAUCCACUUCCAGUUGAACCUAUCUCUCUAUUCCCAGACGAUAAUCCAACUCAAACCACACGCAUUGGUAGCAUUAACAGCCAUAUUACUGGUACCGACUCGGUUACAUGGAGAGACACCACGGCUGAGUCAUUUAGGGAGUCCUCUCCCACUGGUGAUUUGGCUCCACAAAGCAGCCUAUCACCAUUAAGGUCGAAGGGAAGGAAAAAUUAUCGGCGCGAAGAUGGUGACUAUUUAGAAGAAGGUACUAGCAGCAAGCAAUCUGCAAUUUCACUUGAAGAUUCAGAACAGUUGGAGAUGUACGACGAGGUACUGCUUUGCAAAGGUGAAAAUGAGGACUAUCUAAAGUGGUCUCUUCAUGGUAACUCGCAGCUGAAAGAGUCUACCAAUGGUGGAACAGUGUCACGCAGGAAGAACAACGGGAAGAAGAGAGAAGUGGUGGAUUUGUCGAGUCUCCUAACUCAAUGUGCACAAUCUGUAGCCAUCGAUGACCAAAGAACUGCCAAUGAGUUGCUGAAACAGAUACGUCAACACUCUUAUGAUACCGGAGACGGAACCCAAAGAUUGGCAUAUUACUUUGCUAAAGCACUUAAAACUCGUUUGGCUGGCUUGGGGGCACCAUCCUAUUUACAUCUUCUAAGCAACAAGACUUCGGCCGCUGAUGUCUUGAAAGCUUACGGCGUGUAUGUUUCAGCUUGUCCUUUUAAGAAAAUGUCGAAUUUCUAUGCAAAUAAAAAGAUCAUGGGAGUUGCAGAAACAGCAAUCACGCUCCACAUCGUUGAUUUCGGCAUUUGCUAUGGGUUCCAAUGGCCUUGCCUUAUCCGGCAUCUCUCAACAAGGUCCGGUGGACCUCCCAAGCUUCGUAUUACCGGAAUUGAGUUUCCCCAACCAGGUCCUCGACCUGCAGAAAAAGUGGAAGAGACAGGGCGUCGCUUGAAAAGGUAUUGUGAGAGAUUCAAUGUUCCAUUUGAGUACACCGUUAUAGCAAAGAAAUGGGAAUCCAUCCGACUCAAAGAACUAAAGAUUAACAAGGGCAAAGUGGUGGUUGUUAACUGCAUGUAUAGGCUAAAGAACCUUCCGGAUGACACAAUGGCUUCUACCAGUGCAAGGGACACUCUUCUGAAGUUGAUCAGAAGCAUUAAUCCGGAGUUAUUUAUCCAUGGAAUUGAAAAUGGGACGUAUAACGCUCCAUUCUUUGUCACAAGAUUCCGAGAAGCACUCUUCCAUUUCUCUGCUAAGUUUGAUAUAUUUGAAGCUAAUGUUUCUCGAGAAGAUCCAGGAAGGAUGAUGUUUGAGAAGGAAGUGCUUGGAAGGGACGUUAUGAAUGUCAUUGCAUGCGAGGGCAGUAAGAGGGUUGAAAGACCAGAAACGUAUAAGCAAUGGCAAGCGAGGACUGUGAGGUCCGGGUUCAAGCAGGUUCCUUUGGAUAAGGAGCUGGUUAAGAAAGUUAGGAAUUUGGUCCAAUGUAAUUAUCAUAGAGAUUUUGGUUUAGAUUUGGAUGGCCACUGGAUGCUGCAGGUAUGGAAAGGGAGAGUUAUUUAUGCCCUUUCUUGUUGGAAACCUGCUAGCAAUGAACCGUGA